AUGACCUUUGCAGUUCUUUAUAACAUGAAUUUUGCCGCCAAACUUUGUCAAUGCAACGGACGUCUCUUUUCCGGGGUUACCAGUCUUCGCUUACAAACUCUAACUCUUCGUGAGUUCAGUUCAGGCAAUUCGUUGCGAACUUCAAUGCGCCAUCGAAUGGACCGUAUUCGUCGUCAGGUAGAAAAUCGCACUCCUUUCACCCGCACGGAGACAGUUUCCCUGGAUGGUAACCGCGCGAUAAUUCUGGGCGGUGCGGCACUGGGUCUGGGCGGUCUCUGCCUCUACGGGAUUUACGGAGCGAAUGCGGGAGCCGACAGCCUCUCGGUGCUGGAUAGAGCAGCGGUUUGGCCGGACUAUGUGCGUCAGCGUAUCCACUCUACCUACGCUUACCUGGCGGGCGGAGCGGCUGUUGCCGCCGCCUCCGCUACUGCUCUCGCCCGCUCGCCCGCCUUUGUCCGCGCUAUGGCCGGUGGUGGCAUCCUCGCCCCACUGGCAAUGCUGGCUGCAAGCAUCGGUGCCGGUGUUGUUUGUCAGAUGGUGCCUUACCCCGCAGACGGCAGCAAGUUCAACGUAAAGCAUUUGGCAUGGCUGCUUUACGCGGUAAGCAUGGGUGGUGUUGUCGCCCCCAUCUGUCUGCUCGGCGGGCCUAUCUUGACUCGUGCCGCAGUCUACACCGGUGGCAUCGUCGGUGGUCUUUCUGUUGUUGCCAUCUCCGCGCCAUCCGAUCGCUUUCUGCGCUGGGGCGGACCUCUCGCAAUCGGUCUCGGGGUAGUUUUUGUCUCCUCCCUCGGCAGCAUGUUCUUAUCACCUAUGGGUCGACUGGGCGCGGGCCUCUACAGCAUCAGUCUUUACGGCGGUCUGAUCCUCUUCUCCUGCUUCCUCCUCUACGAUACUCAAAUGGUUGUCCACCGCGCCGAACAGCAUCCACCACCACCCUCUCGUUCCCUCUAUUCUGCUGGGCCCGCCUUCCCCAUGGUCGUUCGGUCCUUUGACCCCAUUAACAAUUCCAUUAAGAUCCUCCUGGAUACCCUCAACAUUUUCGUACGGAUGGUUGCCAUUUUCGCUGGCGGUGGUCAGCGGAGAAAGUGA